AUUCAGAAGAUUAGGAUUUGAGAGAACACAAAGAGUGGAUGCACCUGCGCCAACGCAAACGAAUUUAAGCCAUAUCAUUCAAGGUCUCUAACCAUCAGUUGCUAUCGUCUUGCGGAUUCCAAUCAGGUAGUCUAUAUCUGCCAACAUGACUCACUCCACUUAUCAGUGACUUCAUCGACCUAGACUCUAUGGUUUUUGAUGCUCGUUAGUAAAGAAUACCUGGAAUCUUGGAAAAAUUGAUGCUCACUAUAGGAUUAAAGCUCGUAUAGAUCAACUUUACAGUUUGAAACAUUACCGCUGAGCUACUAGUAUUGCUAUUGAAUAGUGAUUAGUCAAUAUAAAUUGAAGACUGUAUACCACAAUAUAAUAGUUGAGAACUUAAUAGUUGAUAUGAAGACCUCUAUAUGUUGACUAAAAGAUUACUCCCAUGUAUAUGAUAUUUAAUGAUGUGUUUAGUUCUAAGGACUGUUUUGAUGUACAAAUUUUCCACGACUUCAACAAUCAACUUACUUGAUUUGGAAAACUUCAAACUUAGAUUUCGUCGCUUUUGACAAGAUUAGUGUAAGGACAGUUCAUAAGUGAACUUGAGGAAGCCUUAAGAAGUUCAGAAAGAGUCAAAGAUAUUCCAUCCAAUCAUCUUUUUCGGAAGAAUAUUCCAGAAUCUAUAUGUGGAACUUCCCUAUUUGACAAAUGCUAAUCCCCCCCCCUGUAUACCAUAAUUGACACCGUUCGAGUGCUCAUUUUAUGCUCCGGUAUAUUAAGUAUCUAAACUCUAGAUAAAACCAUUAGAUUUCAACUACAUCAUACAGGGGAUGAUUUCCCUUAUUUGUUUUCUUAGAUUUAUUUUAAACCUGUAGUAGUUAUGGAAUAACUAUUUGACAUCAAGUGAUUAACAUUGAAUAAUAAUUUUUUCUAUUUUAUAACAGCAAGAAUUAUUAAAACGUCGUGAAAUGGAAAUUAAUAAACUACGUAAAGAUUUAGAAAAUGCUAAUGCAUCACUUGAAUUAGCUGAAACAUCAAUGAGACGUCGACAUCAAACAGCAUUGAAUGAAUUAGCAUUAGAAGUUGAAAAUUUACAAAAACAAAAAGGAAAAGCUGAAAAGGACAAAAGUCACUUGAUCAUGGAAGUGGAUAAUGUUCUAGGACAAUUAGAUGGUGCACUAAAAGCUAAGCAAUCAGCUGAAUCAAAAUUAGAAGGAUUGGAUAGUCAAUUAAAUCGUUUAAAAUCAUUAACAGAUGAUUUACAAAGACAAUUAACUGAAUUAAAUAAUGCAAAAUCAAGAUUAACAUCAGAAAAUUUUGAAUUAUUACAUAUUAAUCAAGAUUAUGAAGCACAAAUUUUAAAUUAUUCUAAAGCAAAAUCAUCUCUUGAAAGUCAAGUAGAUGAUUUAAAACGAUCUUUAGAUGAUGAAGCUAAAAAUCGUUUCAAUCUUCAAGCUCAGCUUACAUCACUUCAAAUGGAUUAUGAUAAUUUACAGGCUAAAUAUGAUGAAGAAAGUGAAGAGGCCAGUAAUUUGCGUAGUCAAGUAUCUAAGUUUAACGCUGAUAUUGCUGCAUUAAAAUCUAAGUUUGAACGCGAACUUAUGAGUAAAACAGAAGAAUUCGAGGAAAUGAAGAGGAAAUUAACUAUGAGAAUAACGGAACUUGAAGAUACUGCAGAAAGAGAACGAUUAAAAGCGGUAUCAUUAGAAAAACUUAAAACAAAGUUAACAUUGGAAAUUAAAGAUUUACAGUCUGAAAUAGAGAGCCUUUCAUUAGAAAAUGGUGAAUUAAUUCGUCGAGCUAAAGCUGCUGAAUCAUUAGCUUCUGAAUUACAACGUCGUGUAGACGAAUUGACAAUUGAAGUGAAUACAUUAACAUCACAAAAUAGUCAAUUAGAAGGUGAAAAUCUUCGUUUAAAAAGUUUAGUUAAUGAUUUAACUGAUAAAAAUAAUGCAUUAGAACGUGAAAAUCGUCAAAUGAAUGAUCAAGUCAAAGAAUUAAAAAGUUCACUUCGUGAUGCUAAUCGUCGUCUUACUGAUUUAGAAGCAUUAAGAUCACAAUUAGAAGCUGAAAGAGAUAAUCUUGCUUCAGCUUUACAUGAUGCUGAAGAAGCUUUACAUGAUAUGGAUCAAAAAUAUCAAGCUUCACAAGCUGCAUUAAAUCAUUUAAAAUCUGAAAUGGAACAAAGGCUCAGAGAAAGAGAUGAAGAAUUAGAAAGUCUAAGAAAAAGUACUACUAGAACAAUUGAAGAAUUAACUGUUACAAUUACUGAAAUGGAAGUCAAAUAUAAAUCAGAAUUAUCACGUUUAAAAAAACGUUAUGAAUCUAAUAUAGCUGAAUUAGAAAUUCAAUUAGAUACUGCUAAUAAAGCUAAUGCAAAUCUUAUGAAAGAGAAUAAAAAUUUAUCACAACGUGUUAAAGAUUUAGAAACAUAUUUAGAUGAAGAACGUCGUCUACGGGAAGCAGCGGAAAAUAAUUUACAAAUUACUGAACAUAAACGUUUACAAUUAGCAAAUGAACUUGAAGAAAUACGUAGUACAUUAGAAAAUUUAGAACGUUUACGUAAACAUGCUGAAACAGAACUUGAAGAAGCUCAAUCACGUGUUAGUGAAUUAACUAUGCAAGUGAAUACAUUAACUAAUGAUAAACGUCGUCUUGAAGGUGAUAUUGGUGUAAUGCAAGCUGAUAUGGACGAUGCUAUUAAUGCUAAACAGGCUUCUGAAGAUAGAGCAACUAGACUAAAUAAUGAAGUUCUACGUUUAGCAGAUGAACUACGCCAAGAACAAGAAAAUUAUAAACAUGCUGAAGCUUUAAGAAAACAACUUGAAAUUGAAAUUCGUGAGAUUACAGUAAAAUUAGAAGAAGCUGAAGCAUUUGCUACUCGUGAAGGUCGUCGUAUGGUUCAAAAACUACAGGCACGUGUACGUGAACUUGAAGCAGAAUUUGAUGGUGAAUCAAGAAGAUGUAAAGAUGCAUUAGCUCAAGCACGUAAAUUUGAACGUCAAUAUAAAGAAUUACAAACACAAGCUGAAGAUGAUCGUCGUAUGGUUUUGGAACUUCAAGAUUUAUUAGAUAAAACUCAAAUGAAAAUGAAAGCAUAUAAACGUCAAUUGGAAGAAAUGGAAGAAGUUUCACAAAUUACAAUGAAUAAAUAUCGUAAAGCACAACAACAAAUUGAAGAAGCUGAACAUCGUGCAGAUAUGGCUGAACGUACAGUAACUGUACGUCGUGUUGGUCCAGGUGGACGUGCUGUUUCAGUAGCACGUGAAUUAUCUGUCACUUCAAAUAGAGGAAUGAGAGCAACAAGUAUGAUGUAAAGCACACACACACCUACACGCCUAUAUGUUUCUCUUUUCGUUUUCCUCAUGUUCGCUUCAUUUAGCCAAUAAUAUCUAUCUAAUGAGGAAAUUAUCAAUAAUGACUUAUUAUUAUUAUUAUCCAAUGUGCUUUACUUCAUUUCUCUCUCUAAAUCUCCUCGAUAUGCUGCUGUUGCUGGUUUGUUCCUUUUUCUUUCUUUCUUUCUUUCUCUUUUUUUAACUUCCUAAAGUGAAAGACGAAAAAGAAAAAAGAGAACGGUUUCAGUAAAAAAACUGAAACUACACUACUACUACUACUACUACUGAUAAACAAUAAGUAAAUUAUUUGUUUAUAACUAGCUUACAAAUAACCUAGGCAUGAAUUGUUUUGUUAUCUUCUUCUUCUUCUUCAUUAUUGACAAUUAUUGUCUCUAUGAAAUAAUAACAAGAACAAACACUGUUACCCUGGUUACUAUCUCUAUGAUUAGUAUAAAUAACAACUAAUCCCUUAUUGCUAUUUUCCCUUCAACUCAUUCAUUUGAAAUUUCGUUUCAAGUUUUCAAUUAUGGAAGAUCGUAAUAUUCAAAGAAAAACAAACAAAUCUGUAUUGAUUACUCCUUUGUUUUGUUUUUUUUUUAUUCAAAGAAACAAUAAACAUUUAUAUUAUUGAAUGAUUCUUAAAAAUAUAGAUAGAUACUUGAAUGUUAUUUCCAUCUACGGAAUAGAUGAAACAGAAUGGCUAUUUAACAAGUGAAAUAUCUUCACAAUAAACAAACAAACAAAAAAGAAAAGAAAAAAAAGAAGAUUAGAAUAAAGUAAACAUCAAUCACCAAGAUAGUAACAAUCAAUUACAUAUAUAAAUGUUAAUUCUAUUUAUCUUUCAAAAUGGUUACUAUUCCUAUUAUCACUAUUAUUAUUAUUACUCAUUAUUGAUUAUUGAUGAUCGAUUAUUGAUUAUUCUCUUUCUUUUUUGUUGUUGUUUCAUUGGUUAUUGAUUUUACAAAUUACAAAUUGAUUCCCCCUUUUACGCUUUGUUUCUCUCGCUCUCUCUCUCUCGCCUCCCCCCCUACACACAUACAUACAUGCAAGCAAACUAUAAAAAAAUAUCAGGAAAAUUAUUGUUUAUGCCAUGUACAACUAAAUUAGUUAUUGCUUUUAACCUUGUUAGUUUGUGUUUUUUGUUUUUCUAAAAAGUAAAAAAAUAUUUUUAUCAAUUUCUUUAUUUUUAUCACAUUUUCUUCUUGUUCUUCUUCUUCCUCCUCCUCCUCUUCUUCUUCUAUAGUCCUUUCAUUCUUUCAUUUAUUGUACUAUUCACAUAACUAUUAUCGUUAUUAUUAUUAUUACCUAACCAACGGUUUGAACUACGAAAUUUUCCCAUAUUUCUAAGGAAACAAAGAAAAAACUUUUAAAAAAUAUCUGUGCAAUCGUAAUAGAUAAUCUUUAUUUAUUGAUUAG